GUUUCACGCUAAACGAGGAGCUAAUCAACCCGCAGUGCUGUCACCCACAUUAAACUACUCAUAACCGACUAUUACUAACCACACGAAGAAGGUUUUCUACACUUCCACCCAUAAGUCCGAAGAAUGCCGUGUGUUGGACGGUUGUGGAAAUGCGACUUUUUGUCCGUUUUUCGCUGAAGCGCAACAUUCGGGACGUGAGUUGCUGCGGCGGGUUGUUUUCAGCCAAGUUUCCCACCGGUGGUGUGCAUCGUCCCGUCCCUCGUUAGCUCGCCGGCUCGGCGCUGGCUAGGCCGGCCUCGGCGUGGGCUGUGUGGCCCUCACGACACUGUCUAGCCCGGAGUCGCGGAUCAGGAUGAAGCUCCAGUGCGAUGUGGAGGUGGUGAACCGUAUGCUCCCCACCUUCGGCAUGAAAAGUCGCGGCAAGGGGUCGAGGGCGGUGCUGUGCAUCGGGAAGCACUUGGACAAGACCAGUCAACGCUGUAGCGUCUAUUUGAUGAUCUGCACGGCCAAGGACAGAACAGGCUCCAAGUAUAAGCUCAAAGACAACAUCGAGAAGUUCUUCACGUGGUUCGUGGAGGAGGGCAAGGCCACGGUGAGAUUAAAAGAACCUGCUGUCGACAUCUGUCUGAGCAAGGCCGACGCAAACAGUUUGAAGAACUUCCUCUCAGCCGCUCGCCUGGCGGACAGAGGGAGUGACGCCAGCAGCCUCCCGCUCUCCACCCUCACGCCCGUUCGCGCCAGGGACGUGGAGCAGCCCAAGAAGAAGCUGACCAUCGUCUCCAAGAAGGACUACCCGCUCACGUCCAGCUUCCCUUACUCCCUGGAGCAGCUGCAGGUCUCCUACUGCAAACUGUCGCGCGUCGACACGCGCAUGCUGUCACUCAAAGCGCUUCGCAAACUGGACCUCAGCAACAACCACAUCAAGAAGCUCCCCGCCACCAUCGGCGAUCUGGCCUGUCUGUCCGAGCUGGUCCUCCACAGCAACCACCUGGAAGCCUUUAGCGAGGCCCUCUGUCUGUCCACGCUUCAGCGGACCCUCCAGCUCCUGGACCUCAGCCAGAACCGACUGCAGUCGCUUCCAGCUCAAUUCUGCCAGCUCCGGGAGCUGGUGAACCUCAAGCUGGACGACAAUAAGCUCGUCUCUCUGCCGUUCCACGUGGGACGUCUCGCCAAGUUGCGGUUCCUGUCAGCGGCGCACAAUCAGCUGGCCGUGUUGCCUGGCGACUUCCGCAAGCUGAGACUCGAGAACCUGGACUUGUUCGGAAACCCGUUCGUCCAGCCCAACACUCUGGACCACACCAUGCAGCUCACAUUCCCGGUUUCUCUUCAAGAGCUGGCUUCCAGGGCCGUAGCAAACCUCAGAAUCCCAUACGGACCUCACCUCAUCCCCGCGCACUUGUGUCGAGACCUGGAAUUGGCCAAGACUUGUGACUGCGGGCGCUUCUGCAUCAACUUCUACAUCAAGACGGCCGUGAGCAUGAACCUGCACCAAGUAUCUCACACGGUGGUUCUCGUGGAUGACAUGGGAGGCACAGACGCUCCAGUGCAGCAGCACUUUUGCUCCCUUUCUUGCUACUCCGAGUUCUUGGACAAUUCCCUUCGGAGGGGAAUCAGAUGAGGACAGUGUGGAUGUGACUCUUAAGUAGUUUGUGAUGCUCUCAGAACUCAAUUUUUAAGAUGGGUGGACACUGUUGUAGUGGCAGUAUUGAGCUUUUUACUUCUAGAAGUACACAUCCCACGUUUAAUAAAUGGCACAAAGAGGCGCGCAUAACUACUGCUCCUGAUUUAAAAAUGUUCCUCCUGCAUCCCCCUACUGACCUAUUUGAGCAGGAUGAUUGAAUAACGCAAUUAAUGUGCCAUGACCUCAUUGCCUCAAGGAGCAGACUAAAGGGAGAUUUUAAUCGUGCUUGCGACCCACUAUUUUUAUGUGUUAAAAACGUAAAUAAAAGUAUCCAUUUGGUUUAGGAA